AAGACAGAGACGGGAAUGCAGAGAGAAAAAAUGGCUCUUUAGAGAACAUGCAGUGUUUUUUCACUGUUCACAGAGCUGGGUUAACCACAUGAGGACGUGAGGUGAGGGGAGGGCAGAAGAAGGUGCCGUGAUGAAAGAUCAGCUGAGCAGUUUCACAUGAAAAUUGAAAGUGCAUUAAAUGCCACAGCAUGUGCAGGUGACAGAACAAGGCAAACGUGGCAGCCGUACGACAGUUACCUGAAUUUUGAAAUACAAACUAUUUUGCACAUUACACCAGGAAACAUCUUGAGGAUGUAUUUCUGAGCUUCCUUUUUUACCCCGUUGGUAUUUUGAGCUCUUAAGCAACAUUUUGCGCCGAGCAGAAAGGAUUGAUUGCAACAUGCGGAGAAAUGUGCUAACAGUGUAGUGACUUUAUUGAGCCAGACCAGCACAUACGCUUGUACAUGCACAUAAACGUGUCCACAUGUUUGCGUCCAGGGCGGUUCAUGGUCCAGUUAAUGGGACGACAGCCAUCCCGUGGAGGAGUAGCAGGAGGAGACUGUCGCUGCUGCAGCAGCUGAGGGGCUGCCAGGAGGCCUGGUGCCCCGGGGCACCCUGGGAUAGAGAGGGGGCCCACGCCGCUAUCUGUGGAACACCUGCUGGGAGUUUCCUAGUUGUGCGGGACUCUGCAACGUCUCAGCCCAGCCUGCUGUGUGUGUCUACUGGAGGAGAGAAUGAAGCAGUUCUUGACUAUAAUAUCAAAAGCACAGGCACAGUCUUCCAGCUGUCUGAGUCUCGUCUUUCUUUCUCUGACUUGGCUCAGCUCGUGCUCUUCUACUCUCUGACCAGGGAUGUGGUGGCUGUUUGUCUUUUCAUUCCUCGCUGGAUCUACAGUGUAACCGAGAAAAACAAAGAUUGUCUCUCCCAACUUGAACCCAACACUUGGCUCUGCGCACCGCCUGACCAACAGACUGAUGAAAUGACCCACGCAGAGACAAGCAACUUUAUGUGCUCCAUACAGCUGACUUCCACCAACGGGGCCCUGUGUAUCAUCAAUCCCCUCUACCUACAUGAACAUGGAGAUGAUUGGCUGACCCACAGGCCGACUGCUGUACAAUGUGCCACAGAGCCAUCAAAGUACAGACGAGAGCGACGCCUCAGCACCACCAGAACAUGGGCAGGGGCAGGGUUACAAAGUAAACGAGCCAUCUCGUUGGACCAGGAACCCUCUGCUGCCAGUAUGGAGAGUUCUGGUCUAAUCAGAGCGAAGUCAGCUGAUUCACCACAUUGCCCCCUAACCCCGUCAACACCAGCUGCUCCAGCAGGAGUGGUUCUCAGAAGGCCCAGCAGCGAUUCUGCCUCCAGCCCCCCUCACAGAGUGAGCACUGGGAGCCUUCCUUCAUCUACUCCCUCCACUCCGGGAAAUUUAAAUAGCACGUUGUUUGAGAUGCAGCACCAUGGCAGCCCCGUCCCUCAGUCCCCUCACAGGGUGUCCUGGAUCGAAGAUGGAGUCUGGCUGCCCCCACCCAGGCCUUCCUCUUUGCUCCAGCCCCCAUCACUGGAGCUCGACUCGCUGUCUAUCAGCAGCAUAGAGGAAGAGCAGGAGUCCCAAACACUGAGCCCUACCCCGCACCACCCGUCGGCGCACCGGUUGGCUGACAAGGUCAUACACCGGCUCUCAGCGGUGGGUCAGGCUCUUGGCGGGCUGGUAAGUCAGAAGAAAAGACUAACCAAUCGUGUGCAGGAGCUGAGCGAGCGCAAAGGUGGGGUGUUUGCAGAGGCUGUGAAAGGAUUUGUGGAGAUGACACUGAAGAGAGGGGCUGAUCCUGACGGGGUCAGAGGGUCAGAGUUCUUACAGGAAGUGAGGUCAUCGCUCACGUCACUGAGGGAGACGCUGAUGGACUAUCCAGACAUCCAGACAUUGUUGGAAAGCAUUACUGACAUAAAUGACUCAGAGAUCGACUCCCUGCUAGAGCUUUCCAUCCACAAGGUGGCUCUGAAGCCCGUCUCCGCACACCUCUACUCCUGCAUUCAUGCCUCCCGGACCAAUGACAGCAGCUUCGAGCGUCUCCAGAGCAACCUGCGUGUGCUGGAAAGGAAGGAGAUGGAGGAGCUAGGGGGGUCGGCGGGAAUUGGAGUUCCCGACUCUCUCACCCUGGAGCGGAUCCAGCAGAGGUGGACUAGCAUGCAUGCGGCCUACUCCCCGAACAAGAAGGUCCAGAUCCUGCUCAAAGUCUGCAAGAGCAUCUAUCACAGCAUAAGUGCUAAUGCUAGCUCAGGUACAGUGUUUGGAGCAGAUGAUUUCCUGCCCUGUCUGACAUGGGUGCUGCUCCGUAGUGACGUGGUCACCUUACAGCUAGACACAGACUACAUGAUGGAGCUGCUGGACCCCACACAGCUAAAGGGAGAGGGUGGCUACUACCUUACAACUCUAUACGCCUCUCUUUACUACAUCAGCAGCUUCCAGCCACGAUUGGCUGCUCGUCAGCUCAGUGUCGAAGCCCAACAAUCUCUUAACCAAUGGCACCGCAGGCGCACCCUGCAUUGCAACCAAUCGCACCACAGCAAUCACCGACGGACGAAUCGCAGGCAGACUUGUCGGGAGAGGGGCACGCAGAACUCUGAGACAGAAACUAGGAGUAAAGAGGAAAGUGAGAAAGAAUCUGACUCUGUUAAUAUUGAUGAGUCACAGCAUCAGACAGAAAGCACCAAAGAGGCUCUGCAGCCGCUGAAGGAAGAGAAUGGACGAGGAGCUGAGGACGUAUCACAGACGUCCACUCCAGCAUCAGACUGUAAUCAGCAAGACGUAAUAAUGAGCAAACAGGAAGAGAGACAGACUCUAUGUACGACAGGAGAAGCAGACCACAGAGGAUUGUAAAGCAGAGCAGAAGAAGAAUGGACCUGCGAAGGAAAGAAUUUCAGCCACAUAUUUUUAACCAAUUAGAGAAGGUCAAAUGACCUCAAAAUUUUCUCAAGCAAACCCUCCCGAAAGCUCCCACAUAAACCACUAGCAUGUCCUGUCCUGCUCAGAUUCCUCUUCUAUAGAGGCCAAAGAAAGCUUUUGAUUAGUGUCACUGAUGUCAGCUAUGUAAUUAUGAAAUUGCGUCACUCAUUAUACUGUUGCCGAAGUUACUUGUUGCCAACCUGGGGGUCAGGACUCCUCCAGGGAUCCUAAGAUAAAUCUAAAGGAAUUGUUUAAGGAUAAAGAGAUAACGUUACUUUUCUCAAAUUUUUUGCAUUUAGCAGCUCAAGACCCAGAUAUUUCCCUCAGAAGUUGGUGGAGACCAAAGCAGAGCUAAAAGGAGAGUGAAUAUUGGAAUUACAUGCAACAGAUGGACAGAAUUACAACUCCAAAUGAAUGUUGCUGUGUGCGCUGUUUGCUAAAAUGUUAGCCAUACUCCGUUAAUUAUGUGAUAGGUGUGCCUUUUCUGCUUGACGUGGCAUUCUUCUGCUCCCAAAGUGGCCAGAAAAUCAAUAAAUUAAGCUUAAAAUAAGUCACCUUUUUGCCUGAUGUACAGUAUCCUUGUUUGAGUGCUAUAAAGCUUUUUACUACAAGGGCAUGUCCUUUGUGUUGUUUCUGUUCAUCCCUAACUCGGUGAAGCUCUUUCUUAUUCACCAAGACUGAAUAUAAUGCUGUUGAACUACC